AUGGGAUGUAAAUUUACCUCCGUAUGCACUGAAAAUUUUAUGCGAAUCGCUGCCAUUUUAAUCGUACCCGUAAUUUCCUCACCCGCAAAAACUUACGAAUACUUCAAGAUAGCUCACAACACCGACCCAAGAGCUGAGAAGGUUUCAAUAAACCGCCACAACAAUCAUGUCUUCGCAGAAACGCCAGGGCGAGGAGCUCGAGGGCGAUAUCACCUUCAUCGCGACUCCCGUAGCUGUGCCCUCAAAAUUUGCGACGGGCGAGGACUGUGGCGUCCAAGUCACCACUUUUCCCGCCAUCCAUAAUGCUCCCCUACCCGCCGAGGGACCCGGCUCUGAGUCCUUCUCGAAUUACCUCCUCGGAGCUCUGGUGCUCGGCGUCCCGACCAUUGUCUCUCGCAGCCUCGGUGGCGGCUUCAAGACCACCAUCUUUUUCGUUCUGGUCUUCUUCCUGCCCAUUUUGAUCGGCUUCUGGACCAUAACUUCGGCCUACUCGCCAAACAUCAACGACAAAGUCAAGCUCCCCGGCCGCCCCGUCGAGCACUACAUAACUUUCAAGAAGGAAGAAGACCGCCAGCGAUGGAGGGGCCAUAACAAGAUCCCAAUGAAGACAUUCUACGAGAUGUACUUCGACGGUGACGUGGAGUUCAAUGGCGACUGCCUCGAUAUUAUGGAGUACCGCCAUGACUGGGCCAACUUCUCCUUCACACGGGCUCUCUUCCAUUUCAUCCUCUUCACCUUCUUCCCAGAUGUGCUCUUCCACUCGCGCAAGCAGGACGAGGAGCAGAUCCGCCCCAAUUACGAUCGUGGCAACGACCAUUACUCGUGGUUUCUCGGCCCCCGCAUGGUCUACACGAGCGGCAUCUUCUCCGAUCCCACCCGCGAAGAGACGCUGGAGGAGAUGCAGGACAACAAGAUGGCCAUCGUCUGUGAGAAGCUCGCUCUCAAGGAGGGAGAAUCACUUUUAGACAUCGGCUGUGGCUGGGGCACCCUCGCCAAGUUCGCCAGCGUCAACUACGGUGCCCACGUCACUGGUGCUACCCUUGCCCAUAACCAGGCCGCCUGGGGAAAUGACGCUCUCCGCCGCGCGGGUAUCCCCGAGAGCCAAAGCAACCUCUUGUGUAUGGACUACCGUGACAUACCGACGCGAAAAUUUAACAAAAUCUCUCAGCUCGAGAUGGGUGAGCAUGUGGGCAUUCGCAGACUUACGACCUUCUUCCGCCAGUGCUAUGAUAUGCUUGAGGACGACGGCGCCAUGUAUGUCCAGCUCUCUGGUCUGCGUAAGGCGUGGCAAUAUGAGGACUUCAUCUGGGGGCUUUUCUUGAACAAAUACAUCUUUCCUGGCGCCGACGCCUCAACCCCGCUUGCUAAUUACGUUGGCUGUCUUGAGAGCGCCGGAUGGGAGAUCAAGAGCAUCGAUACGGUCGGCGUCCAUUACUCGGGCACCAUCUGGCGCUGGUAUCGCAACUGGCUCGGCAAUGCCGAGACCAUCAAGGCCAAGUACGGCUCGCGCUGGUACCGUAUCUGGGAACUCUUCCUAGCCUGGUCCACUAUCGCCUCGCGUCAGGGCAGUGCUACCUGCUUCCAGAUGGUCGUGGUCAAGAAUCUGAAUGCCACUCACCGCAUCAACGGUUUUGCGUCCCAGUUCGCCCUUUCUGGCGCUCUUGCUGCGAGUCGCGCUGCCGGAAAAGCGACUUUCCCGAAGUAAAUAUUGUGCUUAGGAACAAAAAGCGUUGUUAUCAGCUUCGUGUGGUAAGAAAAUUGUCGGAAAGACGAAGAGUGUUUUCCAAGAGAAAGAGGGGCAUGAAAAUCGGCCAUCAAAGAUAGCGACGGAGCUUUAGAGAUUUGGCGUUAGCCUGAAUAGACAAAGUCCUGACCCUCUUUGAGUAUUAUAUUAUAGGCGCUACCGCACGCCAAAACGGGAGCAGCCGCGCAUUGAAACCCAC